UUUAUCUUUUGUUAGCUUCUCUGUCCUUUGUUUGACCAUGCCAUGUGAUUGAAAGAGUCCUGGAGGUCCAGUGGAUGGACUAGAAUGCAGUGGAUGACCUUGAUAUCUUGGGAAGUCUUCACGUGUUUGGGAGUACACCCCCCCCCCAAACGUGGUGAUGCGUCUGAUGCCUUCAGUUACUCUCACCUGGUUCCGCCCGUGUGCAGAGACAAUUUCACUGGGAUGUAGCUACUGCUCAUACGACAACUCCUUGGAGCUACAGAUGGCGAGUAAUCCAAUAUAUAUAUUAAACACGCAGUUCUUCUAUACAUGUUUCCACAACUAUCUUGCUGCACAAGAAAAAUCAGAUCAAAAAGGAAAAAAAUGAGAAAGAAAGUAAAAUGCAAGCGAACAACAACAAAAAGAGUGAGAAUGUUAUGUUGUGAUCCACACUCAGUUCCCACAGUCCUUUCUCUGGAUGCUGAUGGCUCUCUCCAACACAAGGUCAUUGGAACUGCAUUGAAUCAGCUCCCUGUUUGAAAAGAGCCACGUCCAUCAGAAAUGAUCAUUGUAUAAUCUUGUGGCCGUGUACAAUGAUCUCCUGGUUCUGCUCAUUUCACUUGGCAUCAGUUCAUAUAAGUCUCUCCAGGCUUCUCUGAAAUCUUCCUGUCAGUCAUUUGUUAUAGAAUAAGAAUAUUCCAUCACAUCCAUAUACCAUCAUUUAUUCAGCCAUUCUCCAACUGAUGGGCGACCACUCAGCUUCCUGUUUCUGGUCACUACAAAAAGGGCCGCCACAAACAGUUUUGCACAGUAGACCUCUUUUUAUUGGUCUUUUGCUUGGCUGCCACGUAGGUUGGAGCUCCAUAGAUCUUCUCCACCAGCGCUCCCAAUCCCCCUGGAGAAAGGAAGACUCAAGAUGCAUCCACGAAUUCCUGCGGAGGAAGGUUAGAGUUAUUCUGUCUUGCACAGGAGGAUCGGGCAGAAAUUGUGAAGAGGCCACUUUGGCCUGAAUACCGGGACCGAGGUCAAUGAGUGGAAUGAACUUCCUCUUCCUCAGGAUGUCUCUCAGCAGGGGCCAGACGACCACUUACCAGCCCCACAGGUGGUAGACAGGGAGCAGCCCGCCACCGUCAGCCCCUGGAGCAGCUUUGGGGCCGCUGAGCUCCGGGCCUGCCACCAUGUCCCAGGUCAGUGACCACUUGGUCUUGCUGGACCUCGGCUUCCUGGAAAAUAGCAGCUUUCCCUAUGACUACUUGGAAAAUGAGUCUACUCCCUGCUGCUCCUCUCCACCCUGCAGCCACAACUUCAGCCUGACCUUUGACCUGGCCUUCUUGCCCAGCCUCUACGGCCUCCUAUUCUUCUUCGGGCUCUUGGGCAACGGAGCCGUGGCGGCCGUCCUCCUACGGCAGCACCGGGUCCCGAGCGGCACCGACACCUUCCUGCUCCAUCUGGCACUGGCUGACAUGUUGCUAGUGCUGACCCUCCCCCUCUGGGCCGUGGAGGCCGCUUGGGAGUGGGUCUUCGGUUCAGGCCUUUGCAAGGUGGCGGGGGCCCUCUUCAAGAUCAAUUUCUACGCGGGAGCCUUCUUACUGGCCUGUAUCAGCUUCGACCGCUACCUGAACAUCGUACACGCCACCCACCUCUACCGGCGGGGCCCCGGGCCCCGCGUGACCCUCACGUGCGUCGCCGUCUGGGGACUCUGCCUGCUGCUGGCCUUCCCGGACCUGCUCUUCCUGACCGCCCAGCACGAACCGCGCCUCAACGCCACCCGCUGCUCCCACGCCUUCCCCGAGACUGGCCGCACGGUCCUGCAAGUCCUGCAGCUCCUGGCCGGCUUCCUCUUCCCCCUGCUCACCAUGGCCUACUGUUACGCCCGCAUCUUGCUCGUGCUGCUGGGCUCCCGGGGGCAGCGGCGACUCCGAGCCAUGAGGGUGGUGGUGACCGUGGUGGUGGCCUUUGCCGUCUGCUGGACACCCUACCACCUGGCCACACUGGUGGACCUGCUCAUUGACCUGAAGGUGGUGAGCCGGGACUGCGAGUGGGAGAGCCAGCUGGCCGUGGCCAGAUCCGUCACCUCGGUCCUCGGCUUUGUGCACUGCUGCCUCAACCCCCUGCUCUAUGCCUUUGUGGGGGUCAAGUUCCGAGGCCAGAUGCGGGCCCUGCUAGGGAGGCUGGGCUGCCCGGGCCAGAAGGCCAUCCUGCGCCCGACUCCGUCGUCUUCCCGGCGAGACUCCUCCUGGUCCGAGACCACGGAAGCUUCGUAUUCUGGGCUGUGAGGGCGACGCGGGCCUCGGCCCGCGCAGAGGCCAGCCCCGGUGGGGCUUUUUGACUUGGGGCUAGUGAA